AUGAGUUUUCUUUUUCUUCCAGGCCGGGCCAUCUCCUUUGUGACCAAGAACUUCUUUUCCAAAGUUAACGGAAACAGAGGCGGUGCUCCCAACGUGGCCGUGGUGAUGGUGGAUGGCUGGCCCACGGACAAGGUGGAGGAGGCCUCGAGGUUGGCGAGAGAGUCAGGAAUCAACAUUUUCUUCAUCACCAUUGAAGGUGCCUCUGAAAAUGAGAAGCAGUACAUGCUGGAGCCCAACUUUGCAAACAAGGCUGUGUGCAGAACCAACGGCUUCUACUCACUCACCGUGCAGAACUGGUUCAGCCUCCACAAGACCGUGCAGCCCCUGGUGAAGCGGGUCUGUGACACUGACCGACUGGCCUGCAGCAAGACCUGCUUCAACUCGGCCGACAUCGGCUUCGUCAUCGAUGGCUCCAGCAGCGUGGGGACCAGCAACUUCCGCACGGUCCUCCAGUUUGUGGCCAACCUCAGCAGGGAGUUUGAGAUCUCAGACACGGACACGCGGAUCGGGGCCGUGCAGUACACCUACGAGCAGCGGCUGGAGUUUGGGUUUGAUGAGUACAGCACCAAAUCUGAUGUCCUCAACGCCAUCAAGAGGGUGGGGUACUGGAGUGGCGGGACCAGCACGGGGGCUGCCAUCAACUAUGCCCUGGAGCUGCUCUUCAAGAAGUCCAAGCCCAACAAGAGGAAGCUAAUGGUACUCAUCACCGACGGGAGGUCCUAUGACGACAUCCGGAUACCAGCCAUGCUCGCCCAUCACAAGGGCGUGAUCACCUAUGCCAUAGGAGUGGCCUGGGCUGCCCAGGACGAGCUGGACGUCAUCGCCACUCACCCUGCCAGGGACCACGCCUUCUUCGUAGACGAGUUUGACAACCUCUACAAAAUCGUCCCCAAGGUCAUUCAGAACAUCUGUACAGAGUUCAACUCACAGCCUCGGAACUGAGUUCAGAGCAGGCCAAGCACCAGCAAAAGCUACUCUCCCGACUGGCUCUGGGAUGACCCCCAACACUUUACGGGGCACACAUGGGACAGCCAGGAAGGCAGGGCUUGCAAACCACGUCUUGUUAUUUUUCUUUGCCAGGGUGGUUUUUCAUACUUGGAGUUAGAAAGAUGAUCAUUAAUUUGUAGGAUGAGCCAAAAAGAUACCCUGCUUUGGGAAUGCUGGGGAUUUUACAUUUUGAGAAUUGUUUUUAAAAUAAAUAUUGAGAAUAGAACAAAGCACUUAUAACAGGCUUACCUAGAGCUUUUAUGAGAUUUUUAACAUCUUCAUCUCCAGUCAGAAAUCUGUUAACUCCCCACAAGUCUCAUUUUUGUCACGACAAUAUAGGAGUUGUUUAAUUGCAUGUUUGAAAGGAUUUCAUGCAAUCACUGUGUGUUCUGGGGCGUGGCCACAGGGUUGCAGCAGGGCCACCCUCUGUUCAUGCCCCAGAGCACCUGCCGCGCGCUCUCCUGGCUCAAGGUGAUGGCGCAUCCACGUGGGUGCAAGGACAACAGGCCGCCGCACGGCUGCUCCUGGCUUACCUCCGUCUUCUCUGUUACAGGAAUCACUGUGUUCCUGCAGGGAAUGGCCCUGGAGCACCACACUGACCUGGCUUCUUCUCUUUUUUUUCCCCUUAUUCUUUUUUUUUAUUGAAGUAUCAUUGCUUUACCAUGCUGUGUUGGUUUCUGCUGCACAACGACGUGAAUCUGCUAUGUGUAUGCAUAAGUCCCCUCCGUCUUGAGCCUCCCACCCUUCUAGUGACCUGGCUUUAGAGACAUCAGGCUGGUAUAGCCACUGUCAGCCCAAGCUGCUUGUUAGAAUCGUUUUAGAGUAAAAUGCUCAUUCCCAGGUCCCAUCCCAACCUAUGAAAGCUGAGUCUUUGGGACGAAAACCGGAUGGAUCAUCGGCAGGUCUGACGAGCUCUCUGAUGAUACUGAUGAUGUGCUGCCAGGAUGGAGAACUACGAGCUGCCUCAGAGGGUCAGUGUUAGAGCUGUUACAUGGGAGAGUCCCCGUUUAUGUGCCUGCUAUUCUGCGUCCCAUUUAGUUUAACAUCCAUCUUGGAUAUUUCAUUUGUUAACUAGAUACUACUAUUAAUAGUUCCAUUCAAAUAAGCUGGCCUGGGUUUGGUUGAACCCCACUUUUUACUUAUUCAUUAGGAUAUGAAAUUACAUAGGCGAUAGGGAGCAUUCAGAAGCAUUCUAAAUAGCUAUACCCUACUUGACAAGUUAUAUUCUGUAAAAAUGUAUUUUGGAGAAUGGUACUCUGAAUACAAGCCAAAAGAUAGUACCUGUAUUAAUACUUGGGGUAAAAUAUUUAUGUAAGAAAUUUUGAAUCAAAAACAGUAUCCAUUUAGUAGAAUUUGUGUAGAAUUUACCAAUCUCUCAAUACCCGAGGGGUUAUCGGCAAUUAAAAAUGUUGUGGUCUACCAAGAAAGGUGUCAAUGAUUUCAAAUUUAUUAACCAUAAACUUUACUUCAAAAGCAAUUGCAAACAGAUUUGUUCAAAAACUUCAGAAUAUGACAACUAGCUUCAAAAAGUAAAUUCUUCAUUAAGGUGCCAGUGACAGAUUUAGCUAGGAAACUAAUUACAAGACAUAAGUACUAGGGGCAAUUAUUCUGCCUAUUAUUUUGAAUGUGCAGGUAAUUGAUAUAUUUUUCAAUGUUGCUUCAAUGUACACAAGUUAAUUUUUUAAAGAAAAGUCUUAUUUUGGAAAAGAGCUUUGGAAUAUAAUUAUUUUACAGAGGCUUUAACGUGAAAACCAAUUUGUCAUCAAUAAGUAAAUAUUUCCAAAAAUGAUAUAACUUA